CUUUCCCCCCUUGGGACGCUAGGCCCAGCGGCCGGGUUGCUAGGCGGAAGCGAGCAGGCUCUGCGGCGGCUAUAGACGGCGGGAUUUCUGCCGGGAGGUUUGAAAGGCGGGUACGCCAGCGGCUGGAGGCCCCGCCCGGCCCGGCUGGCGCCGCUUCGCUCCCUUAACGGGCCUGGUCGGCGGAGGCCGCCGUCACGCGGCAAAAAUGGUGUCCAAGUCCGACCAGCUGUUGAUCGUGGUCUCCAUCCUGGAAGGACGUCAUUUUCCUAAGCGUCCAAAACAUAUGCUUAUAGUAGAAGCAAAGUUUGAUGGAGAACAAUUGGCUACUGAUCCCGUGGACCACACUGACCAACCAGAAUUCGCCACUGAAUUAGCUUGGGAAAUAGAUAGAAAAGCACUUCAUCAGCACAGGUUGCAGCGCACACCUAUCAAGCUCCAGUGUUUUGCUUUGGAUUCUUUAUCUACAGCUAAAGAAUCGAUUGGGUACAUCGUUCUAGACUUAAGAACUGCCCAAGAAACAAAGCAGGCACCAAAGUGGUAUGCAUUGCUGAGUAAUAAAUACACAAAAUUCAAAUCUGAGAUACAGAUAAGCAUUGCUUUGGAAACAGAUACAAAAGCUCCGGUGGAUGGUUUUAAAGCAAAGGAGGCACCACCUAGAGAAGGGAAAGUGCCUAUUGUGUUACCUGGAAUUGAUCCCAAGAAAAUCGUAGCAGUCUUGAAUGAAGAAGAAGGCUACCAUCAGAUUGGACCAGUAGAAUAUUGCAGAGACUUCUUUGUUAUGUCAGUGACUAUUGCAUUUGCCACACAGUUGGAGCAGUUAAUUCCAUGUACAAUGAAAAUUCCGGAGAGACAACCUGAGUUUUUCUUUUAUUAUUCACUACUGGGAAAUGAUGUUACAAAUGAGCCUUUCAAUGACUUGAUAAACCCGGAUUUUGAGCCAGAGAGAGCAUCUGUUCGAAUACGUAGCAGUAUUGAAGUACUUCGUAUUUAUCUUUCUCUUCAUUCUAAACUACAGAUUCAUCUAUGCUGUGGAGACCAGUCACUUGGAAGCACAGAAAUUCCACUAACUGGAUUAUUGAAGAAAGGAAGUACAGACAUCAACCAGCGCCCUGUAGCAGUUGAAGGUGCUUUUACCCUUGACCCACCAAACAGAGCCAAACAAAAACUUCCCCCUAUUCCACUGGAAUUGGCACCAACUGUAGGAGUAUCUGUGGCUUUACAAAGAGAAGGCAUAAAUGCCCAGCCUUUAGUUGAAUUCAAGUCCCAAUGUGAGAAAGAGCAAUCAAAGAAGAGAGCUUUAACGCCUAUACAGGAGAAGCCAUUGGCUGAAGAGAAAUCACCAACUCCUCAAUCGCCUGUUCAGCUUCAGAAUCACCAGUCACCACCAACUAAAGACGAUGCAACAGAAAGUGAAGUAGAAAGUUUACAGUAUGACAAGGAUACAAAAGUAAAUCAAAAGACCUUGAAUUCACCUACAUCAGUUUCUCAAGCCCAUCUGGUGACAACAUCCAGUGCCUCUGAGAUUACUUCAGGACAAAAGAUUGCUGUCCCAGCAUCAUCACAUCAUUUUUGCUUUUCAAUAGAUUUAAGGAGUAUCCAUGACCUAGAAGUUGAUUUUCCAGUGAAUUGUAUGUUAAGGUAUUCCUAUCCGUUCUUUGGAAGUGCUGCUCCUAUCAUGACCAAUCCACCUGUAGAAGUUCGGAAAAAUAUGGAGGUUUUUCUUCCUCAGUCUUACUGUGCAUUUGAUUUUGCUACUUUGCCUCAUCAACUCCAAGAUACCUUCUUGAGGUUACCACUGCUUGUUGAACUGUGGCAUAAGGACAAAAUGGCCAAAGACUUACUUCUUGGAAUUGCAAGAAUUCAGCUUUCAAAUGUCUUGUCUUUAGAAAAAACCCGGUUUUUAGGUGCUCAUGGUGAACAGUGUUGGCGACAAACUUACAGUGAAAAGGUUCCUGUUACAGCAGCACAAGGGACAAAUAACAGGAUAGCAGAUCUUUCUUAUACAUUGACUCUAGAAGACCAUGGACUUGUGAAAAUACGUGAAAUACUGAUAUCUGAAUCAGCCCAGGGUUUAGCUGCAAUUCAACAGAAGCCACUUUCUCCUCAAGCACCUUGUGUUACAGAAACACAGGCAGAGCCCCGAGAAACUCUAGAAUACAAAGCAGCUCUGGAGUUAGAAAUAUGGAAAGAAAUGCAAGAAGACCUUUUUGAAAAUCAGCUGAAAAAGAGGGAACUAGCUCACAUGCAAGCUCUUGCAGAAGAAUGGAAGAAAAGGGACAGAGAAAGAGAAUCAUUAGUAAAGAAAAAGGUAGCAGAAUACACUAUUUUGGAAGAAAAACUUCAGAAAACUUUAAAUGACUUAGAAAAGCGUGAACAACAGCUUUCCCAUGCAGAAUCAGAGCUACAAAGAAAGAAGAAAGAGCUGCACUUAGACCAUGAAAGAAACCUUCAAGAACUUCAGGAUUCUAUCCGGAGAAUCAAAGAGGAGUGUGCUCAUCAGGUGGAGUUGGAGACAUCAAAGAUGAAGCAAUUGGAAGGAGAAAAGCAGCGACUCCAGCAACAGCUUUAUGAUGCUGAAAUUAAAUAUAAAACUUUGGAAAAAGAAUUCCAGCAUUUCAAGGAUCAACAAAAUAACAAGCCAGAAAUCCGUCUGCAGUCAGAAAUAAAUCUUCUCACAUUGGAAAAGGUUGAACUUGAAAGAAAGUUGGAAUCAGCAACUAAGUCUAAACUACAUUACAAGCAGCAAUGGAGUCGAGCUUUGAAAGAACUUGCAAGAUUAAAGCAGCGUGAGCAAGAGAGUCAAAUGGCCCGUCUUAAAAAACAACAGGAAGAACUAGAACACAUGAGAUUACGUUAUCUGGCAGCAGAAGAGAAAGACACAAUGAAAACUGAGCGACAAGAGCUAUUAGAUAUAAGAAAUGAACUGAACAGGUUAAGGAAACAAGACUCAGAACAGUUCCAGAAUUCCAGAGAGAUUGCAAGUGGAAAAAAGGAGAGCCCGGGUGGAAAAGCAUUUGAAGAAGAUUUGGAUGAUUAUCUGACUCGUCUAAUAGAAGAAAGAGAUACUUUGAUGAGAACGGGUGUGUAUAAUCAUGAGGAUCGGAUAAUAAGUGAACUGGACCGUCAGAUCAGAGAAGCUUUGGCGAAAAGCAGUACCAGUAAUUAAUAACAUUUGGAAAAUCUUUACUAAGACUGAAUCUGAGUUCUAAUUUCAUUAUAAAACUCUGAAAGCAGGAAAAUGUUUAAAAAGCUGUUUUCUUUUUUUCACAUUCAUGAAAAGAUUUUUUUUGUUAUUAUAUAGUAUUUAUUUGGUUUUUAUUUACUUUAAAUCUAUUCUACCUCUCCCACACUGGUUUUAUUUGUAAUUUCUUUUUAUAUACUCACUCACUAAGCAACUUUUCAGUGUUUAUCAUAAUCUAUCGUUUGAUGGCUAACUUUCAAAAUAGCUUUUCACUAAAUUUGUCUAGGGAAAGAUGACUGCAGUAAUUCCCAGUGACAUAAUUUUAUACAUUGAGCCAAAAAAUAUAUGUUGCACUUUAUAAAUGCUGUGUCCUGUUACAUGUAUGUAAAUAUCUUAAAGUUGAGACCCAUUGUAAAUGAAUAAGUUUUAUUUUAAUUCUUUUUAGACAAUAUGCCUUUUUUUUCCCUGAAGAUGCGUAACAGUUGCAGAUAAUGCCUUUAAGCAGGAAGCACUAUGUUCAAUACAGAGAAGCCAUGUACAAUAAUAGACAGCAAAAUAAUAACUACCCAAUCAGACUAUUUGUUUUAAUACAGUUUAAAAGGUUUUGGGUUUUUUUUAGUUCCAAGAUCCAUUGAACUCAUGUUCACAUUUUCAAAGUCUUUUACUCUUAACCUUCUAGAAAAACAUCUUGAUAUUUGUUUUUUCUUCUAGUCCCACAUACAAAAUGGAGGUGUUUUCUCUUAGAAUUAGAGAUAAACCCUUAUUUCAGAAAUAGUGUCAUACUAGUGCAAAUCCUUUUUUCCUCAGUGGGGAAACAGACAUUUUAAAGACUUCAGCUGAGAAAAUAAAUGAAUGAAAAUUGAUUCUAAUUUUUACCGCUCCAUUCUAGCGUUUUUAUAUUCAAAGUAAAUGAAAAUAGUUCAUUGGACUUCUCUAUAGUGCCAGGUCUGUAAAACUCCAAGUGUUUCUUUCUUUUAUUUUCUUCAGAGCCAAGUAUUGAACUGAUAGUUCCCAGAGCGACAUUUUUCAGCUCCUUUUUACAACAUAUUUCAUCAGUGUACUCAAAAUUUUUAUAGCAAGGUUAAUUAUUUAGGUCAGUUUUAUGAAUUCUAAAAUGGGGUAAUUUGAAAAUUUGACCCUUUGGGGAAGGAUAUUCUACUUACCAGUAACCCCCAUAAAAGUCUAUUAUAGAGCAUUCUGAAGAUCAACCUAAAUUUCUUUUUUGGGGGGCCGGGGGAGUAGAAAUGUAUAACUUCUUAAAAAGGAUUAUUAUAAUUUUUAUUUUUUGGACAAAGUGCUAGUCACCUAAAAACAGCAUGACAGUAAGUAAAUGUAAAGGUAUGAAAAUAAUGAAUAAGGGGAUGGUUGAAUAUAUGAAUCAUAGGAUUUUAAAAUAUUAAUUAUGGUUGCAUAUUUUCUCCGAUUGAUUUUAUGCCACUUGAAUGGAAUUGUAAUCUUUUUGUGUGUUUGAGGGAAAACUUGUUGAAAAUAUUGUCAUUAUUUUCUUUCAGUUUCUCUCUGUGCUGAAUGUGACAGUUUUCAAACACUAGAGGGGACCUAAGAAAAAAAGGAUAUUCUAAAAUGAGUGUGUGGCUUACUUUGCCUGAGGGAAAGUGAUGGGUUUUUUCUAUGUAACUUAACAAAUAAAAUCAGAAUUUUAUGCACUUUUGAAUUUUAAGUAGUAUAUUUGUAUAAUUCUGACCUUUUGCUUCUAGAUAGUGUGGGUGAAAUGUUCUUGGUAAAUUUAGUUUUAUGUCAUCUUUGUGUAGUUAAUUUUGUGUUUCUAGAUUACAGAUGCUUUUAAUUAUAAUGGUGAGGGUCUGAUUUUAAUACUUUUUGUAGAUCUUUUAGCAUCAGCCAUUCUAUAUGCAAAUAAGUCUUCUCUAGAAUUGUGGAUUAUGCCUUUAAUUGUAAGAAAACAAGAUAGCAACAAUCUCUUUAAGUGCUUUUCAUGGGAAGUAAGAUUCAUUUUUUUAAAAAAAAAUUUCAACUGAAAAUUAAAAUGAGCUUUUUUUUGUUUUCUAUAAUUGGGGGAUGGGGGAGAAAGAUUGGCUUGUUUGUUUGUAUGUUUAGUUCGUGAAAUAAAUAUAGGUGAAUUAACAAUCUAUUUCAUAUAUAAAAUGGCCAAAUACGGUUAAGAUAUUCAUUGUGCAUUGCCUAUUGAAAGCAAUGAUCAAGGGAUUCAAGUGAAAAGCAGGUAAUUCCAGGGUGACAUCCCUUAAUGUCCAUGAGCCUUCAAGAUUGUUCUUUGAAAGAUGCUUCACUGAAGUAAAUUUAUGGUAUUUAAUAAAAAGUAGAUGUCACACUGUUGGUGUCUUAAUCACAGCAACACUUUUCCAGCUGUUUAUCCUAAGGUAUUUUAAAAGUAGCUAGGAUAGGUGGUUCAACGGUUCCUUGCCAAAGUCGCCUAAUCACUGUUAUACUGAGAUUACAGGCCGAAAUCUGCCUGGUUGGCAUCAUGUACAAUUAUAGCAUGCUUUUCUAGGCAUUAUGAUGUCACCACCCCUACAUAGGUGCUCUGACUCCAUUGAAGUGUAUUAGUUCUUGGCAUGUGUUUUUAAAGGAAAUAAUAUGCUUCAAGUUACUUGCUAACUCAUGCUUUCGUGCUAAAAUCUUACUGUAUUGAUAACAAUUUCUAAAGUUUCUCCUUUUUGACUAUGGAAGUGCAUCUUUAGCCUACAAAUCAAGUGUUAUAAAAAAGAUAUUGUACUUCAAGUGAUACAGCAUGAUAAUAGUACCUUUCCUUCCAGGAUCUAAACAUCAUUUAAAGACCAGUGAAAAUGAGUACUGUUUAAUUCUGAUACAAAAAAUAAAUUGGAUAAUCUCUUGAA